GGGCGUGCCCGCCCGCCCCGGCUCCGUCACGGCCUUCCCUGCUUCACUUUUUUUGUGGCCGCACGCCAACCACAGCCCUGCCGACGGCAUAGCAAACAUUCGCUGCCGUCCCAUCUCCGCCUCGUGCGCGAAGCAAACUGUUUCUCAUCCCAUUCGAGCAACCCUCUUGAGCUCGUUGCCGGCCCUCGAAUAAUCCGGCCCAGCUCUGCCUGCCCACACUGUAGCCUGGAUUUUCCGUCCCGGCUCGGCCGAUUUGCAUAUAACGCCGACGUCGCUCGCCCUCCACCAACCACAAAGUCACCACCACCAGAACCACCGGCCUUGACUGCACAGCGCAUCUCGGCUGCCGAUCUGUUUCCUCGGACAGAACCUUUCUUUUCUUCAGCGGGAACUCACAGAACACAAUGGUGACACCUCGCUCCGCCAUCCGGGCCUUGCCCAAGCUCUCCUCGCCCUUCCGGCCGGUCCGAUCUCCAGCACCGUCUCUCCGCAGCUUCAUGGCCGCACGGAUACGACAUUCUGCCCCGGCUCUGCGCACAUUCACCACAUCCCGCGCCUCGCAGCACGGCCACAUACAUCCCCCCAAGCCCGGUGAGGAACUGAACAUAACCUUCAUCGACAAGGAGGGCCGCCACCACACCUUCCAAGUCUCCAAGGGCGACAACCUGCUCGACAUAGCGCAGGCAAACGACCUCGAGAUGGAGGGCGCCUGCGGCGGCUCCUGCGCCUGCUCGACGUGCCACGUCAUUGUCAAGGACCCGGACAUGUACGACAAGAUCCCCGAGGCGAGCGACGACGAGGACGACAUGCUCGACCUGGCCUUUGGCCUGACCGAGACGAGCCGGCUGGGCUGCCAGGUCAACAUGACGAAAGAGCUGGAUGGCCUGGUGGUGCAGCUGCCGCACAUGAGCCGGAAUAUGCAAGCGGCGGACUUUGAGGACAAGAAGCGGUGAUUUGCGUGUCGAGGUGAAUUUGGUGCGGAAAUAUGUCAUGAAUGGCAAGCCAGACACUGGGGGGUUCCUUGACUGCGGAGCGAGCGGGUGGGCAAGAGGGUCUGCGUAUGACCUAGGAAGACUUGCUGGUGGCCUUUUUGUCCGCUCAAGGUUGUCGUGGUUGAGAAUGCUGGCCAUCCAAGGGCACAUGCGUUGGGGACCUGGCCAUGGACGUAGUCUGGGGAUGGUCAUGCUCUACAAGACUACGUCCGUCCACUCGAUGGAUCAAAUGGCAUUCAUGAAGCAUGAGCUGUAGAACUUUUGAUGUAUAACAUGUACCAUUAAUCAACAUGUAGAGACGAGUAUAUGGUCCGAAACGACACCGCAAGCACGGGAGAUAUAUCGUGGAACAUCACAACUUCAAGAUAUU